AUGAUAAGUGAAUUUACAAUUGCAUGUCUACACUCAUUUACAGGGGCAAUACUUUGUUAUUGGUGCUCGGAUUUAAAUGCUGAAGGAUACUGUAAAAAUGACAUAGAGGUGCUCACAAUCAAUAAUUCUUGGAGAUAUCCGAAUCUUUUUAAGAGUUGUGCAAAGCACGAUUGGGGAGACCAGUGCUCAAUUGAAACAGUUCGUGAAGCAGGGAGUGGAAAAAUAAAAUCAUUCUUUAGAGGCUGUACAGAUGGGAAAGUGUUCUCUUUUGGUGAUUUUCCAGAAAGAACAGUUGUUCCAGACAACCAGACGACUUGUGCUUAUAGACCAGGAGAUGGGAAAGUUGUCGUCUGCUUGACGGUCUGUAAGAGUAGAUUUUGCAAUGGGCCUCAACACAUUGAUCCAAAAUAUGAUGUUUUACACAAUGGAGCCUCCAUCAAUCUUAUCUGUUACCUGUUGAACAUAAUGAUGUUUUUUGUUAACAUAGUGCAUAAUUGUCAGUAAAAACGAAUUUUCGGAAGAAUCACGAUUUCAUAGGGAUGUAUCAUGUAUCUAAAAACAUCGGCAAUUACUCUGAAGUCUAAAUUCC